ACAGAUGCUUCCCGCGCGGACAAGAAGGAGAGCCGGUGUCCCACUCCGGGCUGCGACGGUACGGGUCAUGUGACCGGCCUGUACCCGCACCACCGCAGCCUGUCCGGCUGCCCGCACAAAGACAGGGUCCCGCCUGAAAUUGUGGCAAUGUAUGAGAAUGUUCUUAAGUGUCCUACGCCUGGCUGCACAGGACGCGGCCAUGUCAAUAGCAACAGAAACUCCCACAGAAGUCUGUCGGGAUGUCCCAUCGCUGCUGCCGAAAAGCUGGCCAAAGCCCAGGAGAAGCACCAGAGCUGCGACGGGUCCAAGUCCAACCAGGCCUCCGAUCGAGUUCUAAGCACGCCCCGCUCAAACCUGGCCAAGGAGCUGGAGAAGUACUCCAAGACCAGCUUCGACUACAGCGCCUUCGACGCCACCGGCAACCACCCGGCGUACGGGAAGAGGGCCAUCGCCCCCAAAGUUCACGGCCAGAGAGACACCUCCCCCAAAGGAUACGACGGUACCUUU